AUGAUCCGCCCGGAGAUUGGAGUUACCACUUUUUUGAAUUCGGCCGAAUAUAAACCAUGGCCUUGUAUUUUCAAGGAAAAGUAUUCUGAUUUUAUAGUUUUGGAAGUGUUAUCAGAUGGAACUUGUUGUAAGAUUAGUGAUGGAAGUUCAGAUGUCGUUCCCGGAAAGAAAGAAGUAAAAGAAGUUGUCAUGCCGAGCAGAUUGAGUGAAGAAGACAAAGAAAAGCUAGGACAACUGAAGGAACUGGGCGAAGUCUUGAUCAGUGUAGAGGUGAGUGUUAUGGUUAUCCUAUAUUUUUAGGAAGAUUUAGUAUUUAGUAUUAAAGCAGAACUGUUUGAUUUAGGAAAGCUAGACUCUAAUUGUUCAUGGUUCUCUUCUAUAAUAUUGUUUUAGGGCUGGACAAAGGACGAAAGACGAGAAUUACAUGAAUAUGUGAGGUCUUUGGGUCCUUAUGAUUCAAAGGUCGAUGGGCAGCAAAUAAAAGCCUUCAAACCGAGUAAUGUUGGACGGAAGCGAAAGUUUUGGCCUAGAGAUGUGCCAGAACAACUUCAUUUUACUCUUUCUAAAGCUGAUUAUGAGACGAGCUAUGCUAUUGGGCUGAUUUCAAAGUUCCUUUAGUAAGCUUUUUUAUAUUUAUUUAAGUUUUUUAUUGGUUUUAUCGUUCUUUUUUGAAUAGAGUUUUAUUUUAUUGUGGUACAAAUAAUUUGUUACCUAAAUUCAUAUUUUCAGUAGAACCCCGGACUCUUUUGGUUACUGCGGUUUGAAGGAUAGACGUGCAGUUACAGCACAAAGAGUGUCUGGCUUCCACGUUGAUGCUCUUGAUUUGCUAGCUCUCAAUUCACGCCUAAAGGGUAUUACAGUUAGUGCUCCAAAGUACGAAGAUAAAAGGUUGUCACUUGGAAAUCUGUGGGGAAACCGGUUUGAAGUUGCACUUCGACAGUUUGAAAUGUAUAAUGAUGAAGGGCUAAAGGUAGGUUUAAGCAUAUGUUUUGAAAUUUUUAUUGAAACGUCUUGUUCUGUAGGUUUUUUUUGUUACCUAAACUUUAAGUUUUAUUUUUGUUGAUAGGAGUAUUGCAAUUGGUUCUAAUUUUUUAAAGGUACGUUUAUUAAAAGUAAGAUUUUUAGGACAGAAUUGACGAAUGGUCUAACAACGGGUUUAUAAAUUACUUUGGAGAACAGAGAUUCGGCUCGUUUUCAAUAUCUACGGCUGAAAUUGGGCUAAAAAUCAUUCAAAAAGACUAUGAGACUGCUGUAAACAUGAUAUUGGAGCCGAAGGAAAAUACUAAAGGUACGUUUUGGCAUCAGAGAAACAUAAUUUUACUUUUUAAAAAAACUAUUGCUAUUAUUAAUUGGAAUUAUCAUCACUUUUUUAAUGUAAAUUACUUUCAGGCUCGAUUGGAGAUUGCUUGAAGACCUACAAAGAAACGAAAGACCCAAAAUCUGCUCUAAAACAAAUACAAGGGAAUCUAAACCACCUCGUCGAAACAUAUGUGCUAAAGCAACUCCAGAACACUCCAACUAACUUCAAAGCAGCCAUUCUGGCCAUACCUCGACCUCAACGAUCUUUAUAUGUCCAUGCUUAUCAGUCCAAAAUAUUCAACCAGAUAGCGUCGAAGAGAGCAGAGAAGUUUGGUCUACAAGUUUUACCUGGAGAUUUAUUCCAAGAUGAAAGUAAAUUGGUUACAGAUAGUGGAGAUGACAUUACAAAUGUUGUUUUGCCUUUGCCUUCGAACAAAAUGAGGAUACCACAAAAUGAAAGUAAGGAACAAUAAAUUACAUAUAAUAAUUCUAGUGUAAUAUUGAUAAAAUAACGGCUUUUUAAUACUUGAAAACUUGUAAUAUUUAAAUAUACGUAAAAAAGCUGUUGAUGUUGAUUGUUUUAGUUGGUGAAUGGUACAAAGAGAUAAUGGACAAGGAUAAACUGACAGAAAACGAUUUCAGAGACCUUCACAAGUAAGAAAAAGCAGAUAUUAUCACCAACUUUAGAGAAAACGUACAGUACCAAAUUAAACGGCGCUAGGACAAAUGCGGUUUUGGACAUUUGCGGAUUUUGGACAUUUGCGGAUUUUUUAAAGGUUUUUUAAAAUUUUUUAGUUAAUUUAUUUGUAGUAUGGUACUAAAUUGUACGAAAGUUUAAAUUGGUGCGGUUCUAACAUAACAGUACCUUUUUGGGCUUUUAGUACCAUUCAGUACCAAAAAAUAUAAAACAGUACCAAUUUAAAAUUUAGUACUAUUUAGCACUAAAACAUAUUAAAACAGUACCAAUUUAAACUUUAGUAUCAUUUAGUACCAUACUACAAAUAAAUUAACUAAAAAAGAAAAAAAUCCCCUUUAAAAAAUCCGCAAAUGUCCAAAAUCCGCAAGUGUCCAAAUUUGUCCUAGCGCCAAUUAAACAUCGUUUUACGUAAAGAAACUAAAGUAACACCAAUAUAUUAUUAUAGAGACUUUGCUGUGACCGAAUCCUUCCGAAACUACGUAGCAAAACCUCGUGAUGUUGAGUACGAUCUUAUUGGCUACAACGACCGCGAAUCCAUGCUACAAUCAGCCGAACCCUUUGCCAAGGUAGCCGACGGAGAGCUUCAGAAGCCGGAGGAAGGAAAGUAUCAAGCGUUGAGAGUCAAUUUCUCGUUACCUUCUGGAUGCUAUGCCACGAUCGCUUUGAGGGAAUUAUUGAGGGUCGACUUGAGUAAGAGUGCUCAAAGAGAGGCUACAGCUAACAGCAGAGACGUAGAACCUUCUGAAUGA